AUGGGCAACUGCGUGUCGAGCGACGGGCGCGACGGCCGAGCGGCUGCGCGGCAAGCACAAAGGUUCGGCUGGCAAAAACACUCCCCCUCCCGCGUCUGCUCCGUCGGCGCUGCCCAGAGGCUAACCCAGGACGGACGAAUUGUUGCCGCAUGUACGGAGUACAGUAGCGUCGGCGACGGCCCCUGCACGAACCCGCAGGACGACACGCUGACAGGGUGGAACAUUCCGAGGCGUGCCAACGUGCAGCAGCACCACUGCCGACAGCCCUGCCCGCCGCCGCCACCGCCACCGCGCGAGAGCCGCGAGAGCCGCGAGACAGCAGGGUGGAGAUCCGUCUCUCCCCUUUCCUCCAACGCGCCCGGGGAUCUCGGCACCAUCUCUGACCUUUCCGACGACGACGACGACAGGGCAGGCUGGCGAGCGAGGUGA